AUGCUCCUCCUCCGCAGCCGACCAGGCCUCCUCCCCCGCCGCCUGCCCGCCAUCAGCAGCAUCAGAAUGGCAUCCUCGUCCAUGACCCCGGUGGAGGAUACGAUCCGCGAAAAGGUCACUGCCGCGUUCUCGCCCACCACACUCAUCAUCCGCAACGACUCGCACAAGCACGCCCACCAUGCCCCGAUGCAAGGCGUCGCGUCCAAGGAGACGCAUUUCCAUGUUACGAUCACCUCGUCUACGUUCCAAUCGAAGAUGCAGCCCGCGCGGCAUCGGAUGGUAUACGGCCUGCUGAAGGAGGAGAUGAGUCGGGAGGGUGGGAUACAUGCGCUGCAGCUGAAGACGAAGACGCCUGAGGAGGAGCAGAGGGAGAAGGAGCGGGCGCAGGCGCCGGCGUCGGCGUAG